AUGGCGCUUCGCGACGUGCUGCUGUCGAUCGCGCAGACGCCGCACCGGCUGCGGCGGCGGGCGCUGGUGACGUGGACGCCGGCGCAGGAGACGAGCGAGGUGCGGGACCGGUCGGGGGCGCGCAUGAAGCGGCGGCUGGAGUGGUACGACCUCGUGGGCCUCGGCGUCGGCGGGAUGCUGGGCGCGGGCGUCUUCGUCACCACCGGCCGUGUAGCGCGCGACGCCGCGGGGCCCGCCGUGUUCGUCUCCUACGUCGUCGCCGGCGUCACCGCGCUGCUCUCGUCCCUGUGCUACGCCGAGUUCUCUGUGCGCGUCCCCGCCGCCGGCGGAGCCUUCAGCUACCUCAGAGUAACGUUCGGUGAGUUGGUGGGGUUCUUCGGAGGAGCCAACAUCCUGAUGGAGUACGUGCUGUCGAACGCGGCGGUGGCGAGGAGCUUCACGGACUACCUGGCCUCGACGUGCGGGAUCACGGAGCCGGACGCCUGGAGGAUCCAGGUCGACGCCAUAGCCAAGGGCUACAAUGAGCUCGACUUCCCGGCCGUCGCGCUCAUCCUUGUCCUAACUCUAUGCUUGUGCUACAGCUACAUCGGCUACGACUCGGCGUCCACUAUGGCCGAGGAGAUCCGCGACCCCGCCCGCGCGCUCCCCGUCGGCAUCGCCGGCUCCGUGCUCGUCGUCUCCGCGCUCUACUGCCUCAUGUCCGUCGCCCUCUGCGCCAUGCUACCCUACACCGAGAUAUCGGAGAGCGCGCCGUUCUCGUCGGCGUUCAGGGAGAAGGCGGGGUGGGAGUGGGCGGGCAGCGUCGUCGGAGCCGGCGCGAGCCUCGGCAUCGUGGCGUCGCUGCUGGUGGCGAUGCUUGGGCAGGCGAGGUACCUGUGCGUCAUCGCCAGAGCGCGGCUGGUGCCGGCGUGGCUGGCCAAGGUCCACCCUUCCACCGGCACUCCUAUGAACGCCACCCUCUUUCUAGAUAAAGGUAGUACACAUCCCCAUUAUCCAUGCCCAGGAUUAUGCACAGCGUCAAUCGCACUCUUCACCGAGCUGCAGGUAGUGUUUGAGAUGAUAUCAAUCGGAACGCUCCUGGUCUUCUACCUGGUGGCGAACGCGCUCAUCUACCACCGGUACGCGAAGCUCGGUGCCAACCGGUCGCUCCAUGUCCUCCUCUUCUUGCUCCUCCUCACGCUGAGCUCCCUCGGCUUCUCCCUCUCGAGGAGGAUCGAUGGGCAAUGCCGAUGGGGAAUGGCAUUGUUCGGCACCAUCUCCGUGGCGAUUACGGCCAUAUUCCACUGCACAGUACGGCGAGACAUGGCAGAGCCACCAUCAGAGUGGACAGUCCCUCUGAUGCCAUGGCCGGCUGCUGCAUCCGUCUUCCUGAACAUGUUCCUGAUGACCACUCUCAAGAUGAUGUCCUUUCAGAGGUUCGGCCUCUGGAGCCUUGUGAUUAUCAUCUUCUAUGUCUGCUAUGGGGUGCACUCCACAUAUACUGCAGAAGAAAAUGAGGCUGUCAAUGCUAUGAUUCAUCAUGCCAAUAUGGACAUGUCUUAGCAAUAACAGCAAAUAAUAAAUUGAUCUAGGCGCUACUUUGGAGCUUGCUAGCCCCGCGAUUAGGCCGUCUCCAGAAUGGUCCCUAAUCUAAAGAGGAUGGGGUCAAAAGAGAGCCUGCUUUUGCAUUAGGUUAGUCCAUUCUUUUCCUGCUUUUGUGCUUGCAAAUUGGCCGAAACAAUCGCUUGUAACUUAUUUUUGUCUCAAAGUGCACAUGCAGGACUGCGAAUGUCGUGUGUUUCUUUGCUCAAAGACUAGAAAUUUUGUC